AAAAGUUUAUUUUAAGAUAAGUACAGUUGGCUUAAAUUAACACUAUCCAUUGUAUAAUUAAGUCCAUUUGGUUCAUUAUUUACAAUUAAUUGAAACAAACUUAACCGCUAAAUGCUAACCGGUUAGGGAUAGGUGUUCAUGUUAGCGAAAGAUUGCUCUACCAUGCAGCCCUGGAAAAUGUUAUCGAUAUUUUCUCCCAUGGAACCUUCGAUUUCUGUGCACACCUCCGAUGGCAGAUGGACUCACGAACGCGACGGUAAAAGAUACAAGAUACUCAAUCUUGAAGUUACAACAAACUUCCGUUCCGUGCGUGUUUCGUCGAGGAAUAUUGCAUAAAUUGAUGGAAUCGCACAUUGACGAGCAGACAAUCCGUUGAGUGCAAUAGCAGUCUGCCGUUUAAUUACACAAAAGAGUGAAAAUACCAGUGCGUGUGUGUGUUUGCGUGUGUUUUUAAUAUCUGUGUGUGUGUCGUCCCAACAAAAAUUUCCAAUUUCAAGAAAACCAAAAUACUGUGAGCAGCAGAUUGGGAAAUCAAACUAAAAUAUGCUUAAACUACACUUUGAAUAAAUUGAAACAAAUUGCCAACUAGCUGAAAGCAACCGGAGCACCGAAAAUAGCAGAGGGCAGCAAAUCAGGAGAAGAAGCCCCACCGGAAUCUACUGCCACGUUCAGAGCUUCCAAUGGGUCAUCACUUCAGCAAGCCUGCAACUGCACGAGCCAACCAGAGCCACAACCAGAGCAGCAGGUCCUCCAGCGACGACAUCAAGGAAUUCGACUCAAUUAGCCUGGCCGAGGAGCAGCUCCAGGCGGAAGAGAUCGCCAGCAGCUCGCCGGCGGAAGUGCGUCAGAUCAUCAUUAAGAUUCAGCUGGCCAAGAUGGAGAACGGCAAUGCAGGUGCAUCGCUGGUGGAGCAGCAGUUCCCCGAGGAGCGGCUGGUGAUAGAGGAGGGCGGCUCCGCGGACGUGGAGACGGAAGGUGCCGUCGCCUCGUUGUCUGCGGACACGCUAAAUGCAAAUGGCCAGAUCGUCAAUGUGGGUGUGGGCAUGGGCCUGGAAGUCGGUGUCGGUGUUGGUGUGGGGGUCGGGGUGGUGCCAAAUCGAACUGCCGGCAGUUCAACGGAAGCGCCAAAAACCGAGAGACAGUCCGUGAAUAACAACAAUUUAGCGGGAAGCGUCGGAGCGGCGAUUAGUACUCUGCAAUUGCAUGACGGGAACAGCAACAACCCCAAACCCACACCCGACGAACUCGACGCCGUCGACGUAGACGACGACGAUGUGGUGGAUGAGUCGCUGCUCCGUCGGCGUCGCAGCAGCGGCAACCACGAGUCCGAAGUCGUUGAGUACUGCGAGGUGCUCGAGUCGCUGCCAGUCAGCGGCAUGUUGUCGACGGGAACGCAACUCACGAGCAAGCAAGCUACCAGAAACAGUUCAACGAACAGUUGCUGUCGGAGUCGCAGCAGCAAAGCAGUGUCCAUGGGAGCCACAGUCUCGUCUUCGGUCGCCGGAUCGGCGGCCGCCGCCUCCUCCUCCGGUUCCAAGCGGCGGUGCUGCAAGUGCAAGUGUCGCGACGCCUUCCGGGGACUCAGGGACAUGCUGCCCACCUCCUCGGGCAGUAACUCCUCCAACUCAAGCAAAAAGGACACCAGUGCGGCAACCAGUGCGGCAGUAUCGCGGAAAGCCCGUACUGCGGAUCGUCGGUCCACGCCGGCCACCUUGGGGUCUGUCAGCGGCAGCUCCUCGAUGCCCGGCCAGAGGCUACAGAGCCAGAGGAAGCGCAACUCGGUGGCCGUGCCGGAUGCGAGCCACCAUCAUCACCAGGUGAUCAUCAGGAUAACAUCGCCGCGCUUCGUCGUGGAGUCGCCCAACGGCCGGGUCACCGUGGUCACGGAGCCAGUGGCCCCCCAAACGCCCCUCACUCCGCCCCAGCCGCGCCCCAUGACGGUAGCCGUUCCGGGCAACAACGCAGCAGCAUCCUCGUCCUCGUCCCGCAACGUGACCGUGCACUCGCAGAUCGACUUCAUGCACUGUUUGGUGCCCGAUCUCGAAAAGAUCACGAACAGCAGCUUCUACUGGGGCAAGAUGGACCGCUACGAGGCGGAGCAUCUGCUCGAGGGUAAGCCGGAGGGCACGUUCCUGCUUCGCGACUCCGCCCAGGAGGAGUUCCUCUUCUCGGUCACAUUCCGCAAGUACGGCAGAUCUCUGCAUGCCCGCAUCGAGCAGAGUGGUCACAAGUUCAGCUUCGACUGCCACGAUCCGUGCGUUUUCACAGCCCCCACGGUGACGGGCCUCCUGGAGCACUACAAGGACCCCGCCUGCGUCAUGUUCUUUGAGCCCUGCCUCACCAUGCCACUGCACCGUCGCCAGACCUUCUCCCUGCAGCAGCUGGCGCGGGCCACCAUCGUCUCCAAUACUAACUACGACGGAAUCAACCAGCUGGAGCUGCCUGGAAGGCUGAAGAGCUACCUCAAGGAGUACCACUACAAGCAGAAGCUGCGCGUCAAGCCCUGCGACCUGAACACCCCGGUGCCCUGUUACGGGGACGUAUAGCGGGCGGAGCAACAGGUGGGCUUCGCCUACUACGAGGAUGUGGAGAGCCAGAGCGAGGACGAGGACGACGAGGCCGUUAACAUACGGGUCUCCUAUGUCCAGCACGCCGAGGUGGUUGCCCAGCUGCAGCAACAGCAACAACAACAACAGCAGCAGCAGCAGGCCUCCACCAGCGCCAAGUCCUCCUCGAAUCUGCAGGAGCAGCUCAGCCGGUUGCCCAAUCGGAUGGCAGCCGCCCUGGGCAGGAUGUCGGCCAAUCUGAACUGUUACCAGUCGGUGACCUGAUGAAGCUGACCUAAGGAACGGAAGCCGCAGGAACAACCCUAGAAACCAAAACUCAACUCGAGACAAUCCCAGUGCAUUGUGUGUGCCGCCACCAUAAAGAAAACCAAGCAUAAGCUACAAAAAGCCCUAAAAACAAAACAAAUGUCAAGAGUGGCCUGCGUCCCAGCCACUUGGAGUUAAGACACUCUUGUUGGCGGGUGUCUGAGAAGUAGAAAUCAAAAUCGCAUAUAGAUAAUUGUACUAUAAACUAAGUAUUACAAAAGAAGCCCCCUCUCCUUCAAUGAUAAGUAUUACAAAAAGAAAAGCCAACAAUCAAGCAUUAUAUUUUCCCCCCAAGUAUUUUUGUAAUAUUUCGUUGUAUUUAUUUUAAUCUAUUGAAUCUAAAUUAUGUGUAAAUAUUUUAAAUAUUACUAUUAUAAAUAUUAUACAGCCUAGUUAGUGUAAACCUCUCAUUAGCCAAAUUUCCAAUUGUAAUUUCGCCUAUUUAUACAAAUAUUAUUUAUUUAUUCGAAGUGAUUUCGUUUCGUUUCGUGGCGAGUGCUUUGUUUUUAUCACACAAACCAAUUAUACAAAUGUAAACCAUUGUAAAUAGACCCCCUUCCCCCACUAGCUAAUAGCUAUAUUAUUAUACUGAAAUUAUAAAUCAUGUAUUCCUACCUAGGUGGUUGCUGUUAUUCGUAAACAUUCAAUAAGCAGUUGUUUCAAAACCUAUUGACAUAUCCGAAGUGUUGAUGAGCAUGAGAAUCAAUAUUCACAAAAAACAAACAAAAAAAUCUAAAGAAACAAAAAAAUAAGCCAAACAAAUAAAGUUCAUGAAGAUAUUAGAAAAA